CAAAACCCACUAAGAAAGUUCAAGUCUUGAUGAUCAAGAAAUUCCCUAUCUAUAAAAUAAAAAUCCCAUCUUCACAUUUCAGUGUUCAAAGUUCAAACUCCUCUCCAUCUCUCUUUAAAUGGCGAAAGUGAAGAUUGCAGGGACAUGGUCGGGUGUGUUGGAGGUCGAAUUGGACGACUGGACCGUGCCCAUGUUGCGUGAAGAGGUUGCAAAGCGAUCCAACUGCGACCCCGGUUCGAUCAAUCUGAUAUGCGCCGGCCGGGUUUUGAAGGACGGCGACGGCAGUGAGAGUUUGACCCAGUUGGGUGUUAAGAACAACGCCAAGAUUCUGGCGAGCCGGGUUUGUGCUCAGGAGGGUAAGUCUCUUGGUCAGGAGUUGAUGGCUGAAACCGAACGCGCUCAGAGACUGGCUCGAGUCAAGGCGGCUGCGACCGCGAUGUCCAAGAGGCAUGUUGAUGGUUCUUUGCCGAUUGAAGAUUUCAAUUUAGUACUUGAGGAUCAGAGUGGGAAGAAAGUGCAAAUGGGAACGGAGACUGAUCAGCGGGCAAUCAUGAUGGGCCUGAUGCUUCAUACCAAUGCAAAGCAACUGAUUAAAGCACAUAAUUACAAAGAUGCAUUGGAAGUGCUCAGCAUGGGGGAGGAGGCUUUCUCUCUGUGUGAUCCAAAGGUUCUUGAGCUGGUCGACAAUCCUUCUAUACUGCAAAUCGAUAUGGUUUGGUGCUAUUUCAUGCUUAGAGACAUCAACUGGCUAUCAGUGGCAGGAAUUCGCCUUGAGAAAGCCAGAGAAGGGCUUGAACGAUCUUAUGGAAGGGACUCUUCUCGUGCUAGACUCCUUCAGGCAGGUCGCUAUCCAGAGUGUGCACUAUAUUUGAGACUGGAGCUGCUGGAAGGGGUUGUGGCAUAUCAUAGUGGACAGGUUGAUAAGUCAAUGAAGGUGUUGACUUCUGCACAAGAGAAGUUCAUUCAGCUUCAGGUGCCGGAUGAAUCUCUUUCUCUUGUGAUGAGCAUGGGCUUUAGAGAAAGAGAUGCAAAAAGGGCACUGAGGAUGAGCAAUCAAGAUGUGUCCAGUGCUGUUGAUUUUCUCGUUGACCAAAAAGCGAAAAGAGCCCAAAAACGGGAAGAUGAUAUUCGGCGGCGAAAUGAAAUUAUGGAGCAAAAGAAGUAUGGUACCACACCCCUCAAGAAAGCUGUGGAUAUCGAGAAAUUGAAUCAACUGGUCUCCAUUGGGUUUGAAAAGGUACUUGCUGCUGAAGCACUUCGAAGAAAUGAGAAUGACAGUGAGAAGGCACUGGAUGAUUUGACAAAUCCAGAGACCAAUUCUUCCAUUCAGCAACAUCUUGAAUCAAGGAAAAAUAAGCGACAGCGACAAGCAGUAGAUGCUUCAGUUGAAGCUCUUGUACGCAUGGGCUUUGACAGAUCAUUAGCGGUUCAAGCUUUGCGGGGUGGUGGGACAAUGGACCAGGCAAUCCAUCAACUGCUCUCGGGACAGGCACCAGACCUCACAAAUGCAAAUGGCCAAUCCGAUGCAAUCCCAGAAGUUGAUGCGAGCAACAUUAGCCAAUCUGAUGCUGCUACUGACAUGGCAAAUUCUCUUGCUUCAAUGCUUGAUAAUCAAAAUGGUCUACUCGGAGGUCCUUCAACUUCUAAUGCAUCAGAGCGUGAUACAGAAAUGGAAAGUGAACUUGCUGAAGAACUAGCACAAGGAGAUGCAUUCACCGACUAUGACAUUGAAGUUACCAGAGAGGGUGAGGCCAUAAGCGAGUACUUGGCUCUACUGACUUCAGCUGGAACAAACUGAGUACUGGGCUCUACUGACUUCAGCAGGAACAAAGUGUAUAUCACUUUGCUUAAAAGAAUUCUACAACUUUAACACCGGCGUUAAGGAAAAACCUAUGUACAUAUAUCAUAGACAGGAGGUUCUGGAUGUAGCUAUGGUGAUGGCUUCUCCGAUGAUCAAUGCCGUUGACUCUCCUUAUCUCAACAAUGUCAACGCUAAUAUUAGUGCCGUGUUUAUCUAACCCGCGUUUCACCAUUUCUGGAAUAAAA